AUGGCAAGAGCGCAGUCACAACCCACUCUCCGACAACGCGAUCGACUAGGUAAACGACCAGGUCUGCUCGGUAUUAGCGCUAACAGCCAUGAGCCUUGUCACGCUGACGGACGCACGACACGCUUCCUCAACACGGCUGAGUAUCCAGGAUCAGGUUUGACUGACGUCCUGGUGACGCGUACCGUAGGAGUGAUCCCUAGAAGUAUAAUCAUGAAGACCAUUGCGCCGUCUCACUCGCCUUACACCUCCACACCAACUUGCCAUCUUCACCGCGCUCACUCACCCAACCAUCCCAAUAGCCAUAUGGGUCACAAAAGCAGUCUUGGCGCGUCUUCUGCAGCUCACUUUCCACCAAAGUGUGCUGCAUGGCAUCCGAACUCUCCUGCCCACUCGGCCAACUGUGCGUGGCAAUGCGAUGACACGGGCAGAGUAAGUGCUAACACAUACUACUCACAAAAUGGCAGCCCGAAAAUCAGCUCGGAGAAGAUCUCUUUCCGAGAUUGGUUUGUCGGAUGA